AUGUCGGCCGGCAGCGCGGCGGAACUCAUCCGUCUCAUGACUGCGUACGAUAACUCACACGAACCGAAAUCGCCAUUCAACUACCCAUCUACCGUAUAUGGCUUGACCAUCCCUUUCAUGGUCGUAUCGACCAUAUGUGUGGCCUUCAGAAUAUACACACGAAUAAGGUUACGAUGUCUAGGUUGGGAUGAUUUGUUCGUGGUACUCUUCAGAAUAUCAGCAACAAUAGGCUCAAUAACUAUAUGUCUUUCGUUAAAGAAUGGGCUCGGAGAGCAUAUCUUAACGAUCGGAUAUGAGAACAUAAUCGAAUUCCAAAAAAAAUUCUACGUAUGUUUAGCAACAUACACCGUAUCAACAACCCUGAUGAAGCUAUGCCUUCUCUCACAAUACCUGCGCAUAUUUGAAGUCGGUUCCCGCGCGAGACUAAUCUGCUGGAUCGGAUUGGGUAUCUCGGGUUUCUGGGGCGUCGCCUUCUCCUUUAUCGCAUUAUUCCCUUGCUUCCCAGUUUCCGGCUUCUGGUUCUGGGCCUCGCCGGCUCAUUGCUAUGGCUUCGGGUCCAGAGAACCGGCCGAGAUUGCGGGUACUUUCGCGGCCCACACCGGCUCUAAUGUCGUAUUGGAUGCCAUGGUCCUCGCCAUCGUCGUCCCCUUAUACUUUAGGAAGGACACAGCGUGGAAGCAGCGUCUAGGCAUCGGCCUUCUCCUACUCCUAGGGGUCCUCGUCAACCUAAUCAGCAUAUGGUGUCUGCAAACCAUAGUCGAAAACAAAGCCGGCACCUACCCAGUCCUAGACCCAACCUGGUACGGCCCCAAAAGCAUAAUCCUCGCCAACCUCGAAGUAGACCUCGCCAGCAUAUGCGCCUCCAUACCCACAUUCUGGCCUAUCCUACGCCAAGGCUUCCUAAACAACAUCUUCGUAACGCAAGAAGUCCACAUAACGCACCAACACCGGCGCCUCUCCGGUGACUCAUCAACCUCAGGUCCGAAUCCAACAUCCCACUUCGAGCUCAUCCCCGCGCGGCACGCACGCGAUAACAGUGAAUCCGGAGUCGGAGUUGGAAUAGUCCGCGUUACGUCCUCGACGAGUUCGUCUUCGAAGAACCCUGCGCGGCAUUAUGUAGAUGAUUUCGUACUCGACAGCGUGAUACCACGGGGUGUACAUGAUAAAGAAACAUGCGCACAGUCGCGUGUUGAAAGUGAUGGGCAGAAGGGAUUUGAGCGCGAGCGCGAGCGGUUGAGGUUGGCUGCUGUGGCGGAGAGGAAUAGCGUUGAUGAUAAGAACUAUGCCAGUAGCAAUAGGACGGAAAAAGGAAGUCCGCGGAAAGAAUAAGUCGUAGGAUUAUGGGUUCGGAGGAGGAUGGUUGGGAGGUGAUUUGAUUUUUGUUGCGAUGCGUGAGGAAUGGUUGGUGAUGGCGUAUGAUUUAGUUCGAAGAUACCCCCUGAAGUUUAGUCAAGUCUUAUUUUUCGCCAGUAAUGUUCGCGAUCCAGCUAUGUGCGUCGUGAUACCUGAGAUACUGGUCGAGUUAGCCAAUUGAACCAAAAUUAAA